AUGUCGGUCCUUCACUGGGUGGUGUUGGCUAUCGUCGCAUACUUGGCCAACGCUCAGUACCAGCGCAUACAGUUUUCACGCAAGAAGGCUGAAUUCGUUCGCGAUCGCAGACGUGCUGCUGGUAUCCCAGAUGACGACGUUCGGCCCUUUGCUGUAGCUCGAGCGGAUGCCCUCUCGCGUAGAUCCCAACAGAGGCGGGACGAAGCUCUAUCAACGCCCGUCAAGAAACGCAAGAACAGCAUGGGCUCGUCUAAGUCCCAGGCCAGCAUCGACCACGAAGCCGCAACUCGGCUGUCAGGUAUACCUGGCACAUUACCGGGCUAUCUCAAGGACAGCCUGCAAUCUCAACCAAAACGAACCCAUGAAUACGGGGCUUCGCGCACGGCGACAGCGACUUCCGUACGCAGUCCGUCUUCGGCCAAAGUCUCAGGCUUGAAGACAGACUCGCCUCAAAGAGCAAUGAAACGGCACCAUUCCCAAACGCAAUCUGAAAGUGCAUCAGCAUUCUCGAAUCUUUCGAAACACGACCGCGAAGGCAGUCCGACCGCCCAGCGUGACCGACAGCGUCGCCGCAAAGCAUCACCAAAAAAGCUGCUACCGAAUUCGGACCAGGGCAAAGCACAUGACGUCUCCAUUCCGGGCGACUUUGGCCCCCACGAGAGCACCACAGACGAGGACAUGUCUGAUGCAUCAUCGGUGUUCUCGGCUAGUCACGGCAGCUCGGCAGCCAUGGAUGAGGACGAAGACGAUGGCGGCCAAGCAUCACCCUCUGAAGCUGAAAGCAAACAUAGGAUCAGUCAACGCCGUGCGGCACCUCUCCGAAAGCUUCAAACAGCAGCACGCGCUACCGCCAAGAAGCGCGAAGCGGAUGAGCUCGAUACUUCGGACACCGAAGCGAGUCUCGAUUCCACCUACGACGACGAGUACGCUCAUUCGCAACCUCACAGCUCCAAGCGAUCAAGAACCGUGAAUAAGGACACAGAUCCGAGCUCAUCUCUCGACUUCGAUAUCGCGCUUCCCGAGGAAGCCAUGGUCGAUUUCGAUCCCGCUCACUACGAUGCCACCUCAACCAAGAGUAGUGGCUCUGGGUCGCAAAACAAGCGUCAAGCCGACACGUCGGACGACCGCCAACCAGGCGAGGAGUGGACCGACUUUGAAGGUCUUCGUUGGCGCAUCCACCCAGAAACGCACGAAUUGCAGCGAUACAGCGACGUGCUCGAGUGGCGAUCCAAGUAUCGCAUGCCGCGCGAUUCAAUCCACCCCAUGGCGAGGGAAUCGCACCAAGUGGUGGUGCACAAGUGGCUGACAAAAGCAGAGUGGGAAGACGCAAAGGCGAAGAAACUACUGUCAUUCCAAGAGCCUGAGCGAUUGGCAGAGAAAGAGAGACUGGACAAAGAGGAGGCUGAAAAGAUGCGACGAAGGCUAGAAGUGCUGGCGAAGAUCCGGCAAACAUCGUCACCGAACAAGCGUAUCCAGUCGUACCUGGCGCAGCGACAGCUGCAGCACAAGCUGUCGCAAGGCGAUAUGAGUGGUGACGUCUCGAUGAACACCUACACAACCAACGACACGAAUGGCGAUGCGGCGAGCAUGUCCAUCGACUCGGCGUCGGUCGUUGGCGCGGACGGAGCAACACCAAGCAAACCGAGGUCGAGGCGAAUCUCGCUGCAGACCAGAAUGACGCCGAUGAGGGGUGCCGAAGUAGGAACUGGACGCGAAUCGGGUUCGACAUCGGGAGUGUCGUCUCCUACGGAAAGUCCGAAUCGACGGAGGGGAAGUCCACUGGCAUCACCGUAUCGUUCCAUCGCCUAUCCAAAAUCGAAGAAGGGAUCGUCGGGCACCUCUUCGCCGUUAGUUACUUCCACAUUUCCUUCCACACAGCCUCCUCUGUGA